AUGGAAAAAUACAACCAAAAACUGCAUAAAGAAAUUUUCCAUUUCAAAUAUGAACUGGAAGCUGAUAAUCCGGGCAUCACAGAAGUGAUAGAAAAAAGGUUUUGCGAUGCCGAACGGGCACUGAUUGCACAGCGAAAAGACCGCCGAAAACGCUCACAUGACGUCAGCCAAAACUCUAACUCCCCAGUACCUUCCACUAGUUCACUGACUAAAACGGAAUCUCCGCUCACAACAGUGAGGAGUUCCCAGAAAGUUAACACUUCCAUCAGUGCAACUGAGUUUAGUCACACGGAACACAUAUCAAAUUCUCACUCAAGUCGGUCUAGCACGUCAUUUAAUGACACAGAGAACCCUUCAACCUCUUCUGCAAAUCGGGCUGCUCGACCUUCCGUUGGUUCUAGUGAUCGGAACCCAGAACUGCCUCCAUUAAAAGUCACUGUAAAGAGAUCGUCAGCAACAAAUAAGCUCAUUGCAAUCAGCAAUUUUACGAGCUCUCCCACCCUCUCCGCUCCUCCAGUAACCCCUACAGCAUUAGUGACUGCAACCGUCAGUUCGCCAGUCCCAGCUCCAAAAUUAUCUGUUCAGAGUACCGCAUCCGGUACUUCCGACUCUUCUAAUGAUCCAGUUGCAGCAGUUAUACCAAAUCCCUCAGUCUUAAGUUUUGCGGGUCAAGAAAGUCGCCACGGGCGACCAAGAAAACUCACCUCAAGGGUUCAGGAGAUGUUAAAAGAUAGCAUGCAGAGACAAGAGCGGAGGGCGCCAACACAUCAGGAUGACGGAGAAGCAUCUGAUGAAGAGGAGUCCGACAGUGACCAGCGUGUGUAUUGCUGGUGCCGUCAAAAAUCUUUUGGUUCAAUGGUAGGAUGUGACAAUAAUGGUUGCCCCUAUGAAUGGUUUCAUUAUGAUUGUGUAAAGCUGACCCAGCCACCGAAAGGGAAAUGGUAUUGUCCUUAUUGCUCAGACGCUAUGAAGACCUCCAGAAGUGUGCAUGUCGAGCCAACGUAA